GGAUUGGUCGAGCAGGGUCACGUGACGGCCGCUGCGCUGGAGUUUCUACGACAGCUGGGAGCCGCGCGAGAGGCGGCUGUGCCUGCGACGCUUCGCACAAAGUUUCUGAAGCAUGGGAGACAAGAGGAGUCCGACGAGGCCGAAACGGCAAGCGAAGCCCUCUUCCGACGACGGCUACUGGGACUGCAGCGUGUGUACAUUCAAGAACAGCGCCGAAGCGUUCAAAUGCAUGAUGUGCGAUAUCAGGAAGGGCACAUCAACGCGGAAACCUCGUCCUGUCACACAGCAGUUUGUUUCACCCACACAGCCCAAGAAAGAGAAAAAGGAGAAGACUGAGAAGGACAAGAACGAGAGAGAACCGACACUGAAAAAGAACAGCCACAAGAAAAUGAGGCCCAGGUUAAAAAAUGUGGACCGCAGCAGUGCACAACAUCUGGAAGUGACAGUGGGAGAUCUGACGGUUAUCAUAACAGACUUUAAGGAGAAAAGUAAGCCCUCCUCCAGUUCGUCCUCCAGUGCAGCAUCUGGAGACCACCACAGCCAGAGCGGAUCCAACUCAGACAACACAGAGAAGGGGAUCUCCAGAUCCUCAUCCCCGCGAGGGGAGGGUUCCUCACUCAACGGGGAAUCUCACUAGGAACCCGUGGAUUACAAACGUUACUUCCAGUCUCCUGCACCUAAUAUAUCCAUUUUAAACGAACAGACACAGGAGCGCGCUUAUGUAUGCCAAGACUUACCGAGACACAGACUUAACCCAGCAAUAUAAGCCAUCUCUCACUACUACCACAGUUGUAGAAUCUGAAACAUAGGUUUUCACCACGAUACACUCAUCCUGGUUUGUUUCAGUGCCCAGUAGGUCAGCUUGAGAUAAACUGUAGACUUUGUAAGCAAUUUUGAUGAUUGAAUUUUGACAUUUUGACAAUUUAAGUUCUAUAGCAUAUGGUAGUAUGAAUCAGAUAAGUGUUGUUGUCUGUUUGGAUUUGGACUUUGACACCCAUUCUCGUUCUCUUCACUAUUGUUACAAUUUCAUAGACCUUUUUUU